AUGAAAAGGCGCUUAGAAAGAGGUGUAAUUUUACGUGAAGUGAAUACAGUUUUGUCGAAAUUUAAAAGUAAUGAGCAGUCAGCUAGUAAUCAACAAUUGGAGAUACAUCUCAAAGUUGGUACUGAUAAUUUGAAAUUGAUACGUGAUGCAUUAAAAAUUCGCUACGAAAACUGGAUACUAGAGUUAGAGCGUUAUCGUGAGGAAAGUAAAUUAUUAAAAUUAUUUUCUAAUCGUCAAAUAAUGAUUAUGCUCAUUCUAUUACAAACAUUUCGUUACAAUAAGACAAAACUUAUUUUUUUAAGAAAGUUGUACAAAACAUUUACAUGGGAUAGUCGAAAUCAAGAAAAAAUUAAUGAACAAGAACAACAAUUAACUAUUGAAUGUUUAACUCAUUAUUUAAAAUCAUUAAGACUACAUGACGAUAAUUUAUCCGUUGAAACAAUAUCAGCUUGA